AUGAACGGCAACAGCGCAUCGCCGCGCUCCAAGCGCAAGGCUCCUACGAGCCCCGAGGGCCUGCGACCCCAUAAGCAGCAUCGCGCGCUGAACGGCAAGCUAUCUGCUGGCGACAACACACCCGAGGUUGAGCGCGUCGAGGAGAUUGAGGAGGAGAGCGAGUUCGAGGAUGCCGCGCGGCUGAAUGGCAUGUUUCCCAUGACGCAAGAGCCGGAGGCGUGGCAGAAGACUAUUGAGAACGUUGUCAGCAACGUUGUCUCCAUUCGCUUCUGCCAGACAUGCUCCUUUGACACGGACGCGGCGUUGACGAGUGAGGCGACAGGCUUCGUGGUGGACGCUCAGAAGGGAUACAUCUUGACGAACCGACACGUUGUUGGAUCCGGACCGUUCUGGGGCUACGUCGUCUUCGACAACCACGAAGAGGUUGAUGCGUACCCCGUCUACCGCGACCCCGUUCACGAUUUCGGUAUCCUUCGAUUCGACCCCAAGGCUGUUAAGUACAUGAAGCUAAAUGCGCUGGUGCUUCGUCCGGACCUUGCGAAGGGUAGUGGAUCCGCUAACAGCUUGGUAGUUGGUGUUGAGAUCAGGGUGGUGGGUAACGAUGCCGGAGAGAAGCUCAGUAUCUUGUCUGGCUUCAUCAGUCGUCUGGACCGAAAUGCGCCGGAAUACGGAGAGGGAUACAGUGACUUCAACACCUGCUACUACCAAGCCAACGCUGCCGCCAGUGGUGGUAGUUCUGGCAGUCCGGUUGUGAACGUGGACGGAUUUGCUGUGGCUCUGCAAGCUGGUGGACGAUCCGAUGGUGCUUCGACAGAUUACUUCCUGCCGUUGGACCGACCGUUACGAGCUCUGGAAUGCAUCCGUCAGGGCAAGCCCGUCACAAGAGGUGACAUUCAAUGUCAAUUCCUCCUGAAGCCUUUCGACGAAUGUAGACGCCUUGGCCUUACCCCGGAGACGGAGGCUGCGACUCGUCAACACUUCCCCAAGGAUAACAACAUGCUUGUUGCCGAAAUCGUCCUUCCCAAGGGACAGUCUGACCAGAAGAUUGAGGAAGGCGACAUUCUCGUCAAGGUGAACGGCGAGCGUGUGGGUCAGUUCAUCCGUCUGGAUGACUUGCUGGACUCAAAUGUUGGCCAGACGAUCCAUCUUCAGAUCCAAAGAGGCGGCGAGGACAUUGAGGUCGACGUUGAGGUCGGUGACCUACACCAGAUCACCCCUGACCGCUUCGUGUCCGUCGCAGGUGCCAGCUUCCACAGCCUGUCAUACCAGCAAGCCCGUCUAUACGGUGUAGCGUGUCAAGGUGUCUUCGUUUGCGAGGCAACUGGCUCUUUCAGAUUCGACAACGCGGACAAUGGCUGGCUGAUUCAAACCGUAGACCACAAGAAGACCCCUGAUCUGGAAACCUUCAUCGAGGUGAUGAAGACGAUUCCAGACAAGUCCCGCGUGGUUGUCACUUACAAGCACCUGCGUGACUUGCACACUCUGAACACCACAAUCAUCUACGUCGACCGUCACUGGUCAGCAAAGAUGAAGAUGGCUGUCCGGAACGACGAGACUGGCCUCUGGGACUUCACUGAUUUGGCUGAUCCCCUUCCUCCUAAGGCGCCUGUUGCUCGCUCCGCUUCUUUCAUUCAGCUUGAAAACGUGAAGCACGCGGCCAUUGCCGACCUGGUGCGCAGCUUCGUCCACGUCAACUGCACCAUGCCUGUUAAGCUGGACGGCUUCCCUAAGAACAGGAAGUGGGGCAUGGGCCUUGUGAUCGAUGCCGACAAGGGCCUUGUUGUUAUUUCAAGAGCAAUUGUGCCUUACGAUUUGUGCGAUGUAACAAUCACCAUUGCGGACUCGAUUAUUGUCGAGGGCAAGGUCGUCUUCCUACACCCCCUUCAGAACUACGCCAUUGUGCAGUACGACCCGGCGCUGGUCAAUGCUCCCGUUCAAAGUGCGAGGUUGAGCACGGACAACAUCACUCAAGGAGCUUCCACCAACUUCAUGGGAUACAAUAGGAUUGGAAAGAUUGUCCAUGCCUCCACCACAGUCACCGAGGUCACCGCCGUGGCUAUUCCGGCCAACUCUGGUGCACCCAGAUACCGUGCCAUCAACGUCGAUGCCAUCACUGUUGACACGAGUCUAAGCAACCAGUGCGGUAGCGGUGUUCUCGUCGCCGACGAUGGUACGGUUCAGGCUCUCUGGCUCACUUACUUGGGCGAGCGUUCGCCGUGCAGCAACCGUGAUGAGGAGUACCAUCUUGGUCUUGCUACGCCCACUCUGCUGCCUGUCGUGUCUCAAAUUCAACAGGGCAUCGUUCCCAAACUGCGCAUGCUCUCCGUCGAGUUCAGAGCCAUCGCCAUGGCUCAAGCUAGAGUUAUGGGCGUCUCUGACGAGUGGAUUAGCAAGGUCACCGAAGCUAACAAGACACACCACCAGCUGUUCAUGGUCAGCAAGCGGACCUUUGAGCGCAGUGAGCAGUCAAGCGCUCUACUUGAGGGCGACAUCCUGCUCACGCUCAACGGCAAGGUCAUCACCAAGGUUUCCGAGCUUGACAUCAUGUACUCUCACGAGGUCCUGGACGCCGUCAUCGUUCGCAACUGCGAGGAGAUUCACAUCAAGGCUCACACCGUCGCCGCCGACGAUGUCGAGACCGACCAUGCCAUCUCAUUCUGUGGUGCCAUCUUGCAUCGACCUCACCAUGCCGUCAGACAGCAGAUUAGCAAGCUGCACAGCGAGGUGUACGUGUCGGCCCGUACUCGCGGUUCGCCUUCUUACCAGUACGGCCUCGCGCCGACCAACUUCAUCACCCACGUGAACGGCAAGGCGACGCCUGAUCUGGAGACCUUCCUCGCUUCCGUGCAGAAGAUCCCAGACAACACCUACUUCCGACUUAAGGCUGUCACCUUUGACAGCGUGCCUUGGGUCAUCACCAUGAAGAAGAACGAGCACUACUUCCCGACAACGGAGUGGACCAAGGACCCGUCGGAGUCUUGCGGCUGGAGACGGAAGACGUACGAGGGCGGCAAGACGUACGAUGGUGAGGGUCCCGACGGUGUGCUCGACUCCGUGCUCGCCGUCACCGAGGACGCUGAGAUGGCCGAUGAGCCCCCUGCCCCCUUGUAG